AUGUUCUACCUUCUCACGUUACCAAGAGUAAAAAUAAAAAUUUAUCUGAUAUUCAUUUUCGUAGGAAAGAUGUCUUUGUUCGAUUACAAAUAUUUGAAUCAAACGCAUUUGAAAGGCCUUAAUGAAUAUAAAUAUAAUGCAGUGGAUACGUCACCCGUAUCGAUUUACGUUAUGCAACCAUUUUGGAAUUGGUGUGUUGAGUUUUUCCCUCGAUGGUUUGCACCGAAUUUAAUGACAUUUCUUGGUUUUCUUCUUCUUGUUGUUAAUUUCGUUCUGUUUACGUAUUAUGACUUCCACUUUACGGAAGCUCUUGUUUUGCCACAAUGGAUUUGGCUUGUUGCAGCUCUUUGUCAAUUCUGGUCACAUCAAUUAGACGGAAUGGAUGGAAAACAAGCUCGACGUACAAAGACAAGUAGCGCCCUCGGCGAAUUGUUCGAUCAUGGAGUCGAUUCUUGGGCUAGUUUCUUGUUUCCUAUAUGCAUUUUUUCUGUUAUUGGAAAAGGCGAAGAUGGAUUUAGUCCAAUGUCUAUGCAUCUUCUACUUCUGUCCAUCUAUUUGACAUUUAUCGAUUCACAUUGGGAAAAAUAUAAUACAAAAGUUCUAUUUUUACCAUGGUCGUACGACAUUUCGAUGUUGAUCAUGACAGUAACAUAUUUAUUGGCAUACUUUUUUACGCCAAACGCAUUUCGUUUUACAGUUCCAAUUCUAAAUGUCUCGUUUAUAAGAGUAGUCGAAUAUGCCUGGCCCAUAUGUGGAGUGUUAAGUUCGAUUCCAAUCAGUAUUGCGCAUAUUUUCGAAUCCUAUCGUACUCGCAAAGGUUACAAUCGUACGUUCUUUGAAGCUAUUCGACCUUUGAUCUCACCGGCUAUUCUGUUCGUAUCUUCAACUUGGUGGGGACUUGCAUCACCACAUAUGAUCUUACAGAAACAGCCACGUCUAUUCAUGGCAGCUGUUGGCACAACUUUUUCCAACAUUGCUUGUCGUCUCGUUAUUGCUCAGAUGUCAUCGACCCGAUCGGAGGGUAUUAACAUACUUUUAUGUUUCUAUGUUCCUAUCCAGGUCAUGUCCGUGUAUGGUCUGUUCGCGGAAAGGACAGAAAUGAUACUUUUAAUUUUCUACAAUACUUUUGUUACUCUCGCCCAUAUUCAUUACGGUUGCUGUGUGGUUCGACAAAUAUGUAAUCAUUUGAAAAUCCACGCAUUCAAAAUAAAUGUUGGUGCAAAAAAUCUUCCGCCUGCGCAGGCUCACAUAAAACAUUGA